AUGAGUCCUCAAAGUCCAAGUAGUCCCAGGAAUACCCCCGCUCCUUCCCCUUCCCGCGCUACUACUCCUGCUAGUAGUACAAGCAGUACAAGUAGUAGUGCCAAGAAGGAAACGGCUCAUCCGUCAUCAUCAUCACCGCCGCCACCAUCCUCCGAAUUGGAAGCUACUGAUGCCAUGUGCUACCACUGCUUUGUCACCUUAUCCCAGGAACUUCAGCAGGGCGACAGCAGCAGCAACAAUAGCAAGAGCUCGUGGCGUGCCUUUCGCAACAAACGUCCCAUACCAGAGUACGUCAAGGCUCUCUCCGACCCUUCCAUCGAAUGCCCACUCUUUAUCACUUGGGAUAAGCUACGGCCCAAGGCGUCGUCUCUCUUCCCCAGCAAUUUACUCUUGCGAAAUAAUAAUAACGCCAGUGCCACCGAAACUACCCCUGCCACACCAAUCUACGAACUUCGAGGGUGCAUCGGAAGUCUCACCCCCAAACCACUCCUCACGUCGAUUGGAGACUAUGCACUCAAUUCGGCCUUGCGAGAUCGACGAUUCCAUCCCGUCACAGCUUCCGAAGUACCCCAGUUACGAGUCGCCGUCAGUCUACUCGUCAAGUACGAAGUCUGUGAUCAUUGUCUCGAUUGGCAUGUGGGGAAACACGGGAUCCUCAUUCGAUUUACAACAACAAUAACAACGGCAUCGUCGGGCAGCAGCAACAAUAGCAGCAAGACGUACUCGGCCACCUACCUUCCGGAAGUGGCAUCCGAACAAGGAUGGGAUCAACGUCAGGCUGUUACGGCAUUGGUACGCAAAUCGGGAUAUUCCGGCAAGGUCGAUCAGAAACUACUCGACACCAUAGACUGUACCCGCUAUCAAUCUUCCAAACGACGCAUGACCUACGAUGAAUUUGUCAAUACCCGAAAGCGAAAACGCCAACAACUCACACCCUCCACGUCGGCAUCGUCCUCGUUUCAUCAACAAGAUGUCGAAGAAGAAGGGGAAGAAGGAGACAACGAUGACUUUUCCGGGCCUGCCUUUCGACGAGUAGCCUUCUCUACUACUAGUAGUUAG